AUGGAUCCUCGUCCUUCUCGAGUUCCGUGAAACGUCUUAUCUCUGGUCGCCCCCUCUCCAAAGCCUAAACCCUAGUUCCUUGUCAACAUGGCCGGAAGAGGGAAAGCCAUCGGCUCCGCGGCCUCGAAGAAGGCCACGUCUAGGAGCAGCAAGGCCGGUCUCCAGUUUCCCGUCGGCCGUAUCGCUCGCUUCCUGAAGGCGGGCAAGUUUGCUGAGCGCGUCGGUGCCGGCGCUCCGGUCUACCUCGCCGCCGUCCUCGAGUACCUCGCUGCCGAGGUCUUGGAGCUUGCCGGGAACGCAGCGAGGGACAACAAGAAGACCAGGAUUGUCCCGAGGCACAUCCAGCUCGCGGUAAGGAACGAUGAGGAGCUGUCGAGGCUCUUGGGGACGGUGACGAUCGCUAACGGCGGUGUGAUGCCCAACAUCCACAACCUAUUGCUCCCAAAGAAGACCGGCACCGGCUCUUCCAAGUCCGCCGCCGACGACAGCUAAAUAAUUCAUAUUUUUGUUUCGCUUCUCUUUUUCUUUUUGGUGGUGGGUUGGUGAUGUAUUAAUGUAGGGGAUUUCUCCGGUUAGCGUGAGUUAGUUAGAUUAGAUUGUCAUGUCGACGUGGGAAUUCCGAACGAAGAGAAAUCUUAACUUUUUUUUAAUGAUUAUUUGUUAAAUUCCUUUUCUUGAAUUAUAGCAUUCAUUGUGGGAUACGUGGCAUUGAAAUCUGUAAUCCGUUAUGAAUUUAUUGAAGUUUUCUUAUAAAAAAGAAAUAUUAUUACUA